AUGCCUCUCGAGCAAACCAUCACGAUUGUCAACAACUCUGGCAAGAUCAUAAGCACUGGAAAGCAAUUAUUUUCCAUCUUCAAGGAAGCAAAAGCAUCUUACGAUGAGAAAAAAGCAGAGAUUAGAGGAUUGAAGCGAGCUGAAACCUUCGAUCAGUCUCAAAUCCCAUACCGCCAUGAUGACUACUCAAGACCACGAGGACAUGGGAGUCAUAGCGGCCGUAGUGUGUAUGAGCCAGAGUACUACACAGAAUAUGACUACGGCAAGAACCCCGGAUCUUACGAUGGUCGACGACAAUCGUUCGACGUCUAUAGUGAGACAAGCUCCCGAAGGAGCCAUCACACAUCCCGAUCGCACUCGAAGCACUAUUACCACAGCACAAGAAAUCGGCCAGCUCUGACCGAGAACAAUCUGAAGACGCUGAGCGAGAUCUCCAGCACUACACCUAGCAGACCGCCCAUGACUUAUCGCAGUCCUUAUGCCGAGACACUUCCUAAAGAUAUGGCGGUGUCAAGAAUGAACCUUACCCAAUAUGAUAUGAAGAGUGUUGUCGAAGAUGAUUGGAGACAGUCUGCUCUCCUCCGGCGAGCGUCUGAAUCACAAAUCUCCAGAAGGGACGAACCCAAAGACAAGGAGAUCGACAUGAAUCUGGCGUACGGAAACAUCCCUCCGGACUUGGAGUAUAGGGUCGACUUGGAUCCUUCAUCACAGAGCGACGAGAAUAAGGCCAAUCAGCUUGUUCGCAAGGUUGAGGGUCUUUUGGAUGAAGCACAUUGUUUGCAGCACUCUGCAACAUCCAUCAUCAAGCAUCUUCAGCAGAAGCCCGAUUCAGCCGCAGCAGUCGCUCUCACUCUGGCUGAGUUGUCCUCGGUAGUGGGGAAAAUGUCUCCUGCGUUUCUUGGCUUCCUUAAAGGCGGCUCUCCCACCGUAUUUGCCCUGCUUGCGUCACCUCAGUUCCUCAUUGGCACUGGCAUUGCUGUCGGUCUAACUGUCGUCAUGUUCGGUGGAUGGAAGAUUGUCCAGAGAGUGAAGGAAUCCCAAGUCCCUCGGGAGGCCAUAGCAUAUGAGAGCGCCCCGAUGGAUCGACCUGCGCCGCUACGUACACAGAGUGAUUACAAUGCCAGCUUUGAUGAGGCGCUAAUCGUUGAUGAGGAGUUGAGUACCAUUGAGACCUGGAGGCGGGGCAUCAUGCCGUUUGGCGCCGACAACGAAAGCGCCGAUAUCGAGCUCAUCACCCCCGAGGCAGAGCGUGCGCAGAGAGAAAAACAUAAAGAUGAUUUUGAUUUUCGCUCAUUCAGAAGCGCUCACACAGCGCGAAGCACCAAAACCGCAAGAACUACAAAGACCACAAAGACUUCAAAGACGGCCAAGUCAUCAAAGACGACUAAAUCACAGAAGACAUCAAGUAAAGACAAAGAGAGAGAAGUUCCGGAGCGUCGAAGCAGCAAGAAUGCCACUGUUGAGAGCAUCAAUGGUGAUUCUGAAUUGGGCAGGCACAGGUCCAGCAAGAAGGAGAAAGAAAGAGAUCGUCCAAGGGAAAGGGGAGUCAGAAUGAUCGAGGAUGGGCGAAGCAACAACAUGGACCUUGUAUUUCGGCCAAAGGCACAGAGACAGGGCGACAAUAUGCUGAAGGCUCUAUUUAAGAACAAGGAUAAACAUGAGAGCAGAGCUGAGUAUGUGCUAGCUUAA